UUCAUUUUGUAUGAAAUAAACGUAUAGCAAUGGUGCGUACUAUAUAAGGAAGCGGUCGUCGAGAAUGUUGGUACAUAUAUUCCUUAUAAUAAAACCUUGAGUUGUGAGUCAAUUGUAAUUUAUCGAAUUGACUAGGUUGCUAUUGAAUACUACUAUUGAGUUACUGGUACCUUUUCAUAAGUAAAAGCAAUUAUCAGACAAAGAAUUUCACGAAUCUACAUAAUAUACCAAUCGAAACCUUUCCUUACUGAAAGAUAAAUCAGUUCAAUUUCCUUUUUUUUUUCAUGAUGGACAGACGUGUAAAGAUUGGCGGUAUAGUGGCUGCUGGUGCAGCUGUUGCUUACAUGUUUAUGAAUCGCAAUAAAGAACCUAAAAACAAAUUGGGGAAGACAAAUGCAGACUUUAUGAAUACCAUUGAACAAGAAGGCCGCCGCUUUGAUCGUGCUGUAGGCGACACUGCAGAUAAGGCCAAAACAUUUGUACAGGAUAGUCGUGACAAGGUCGCAAACGAACUAGAAAAGCCUCGUGAACAACCGCAGGAUUUACAGAGAGAUGCAAAGACAAAAACAGAAGACCUUUUGCAUUCUCCCAAGAAAAAAGAUGAAUCCAAAUGGUUUUAAGUCGAAACUGCGCAUCUCGAAAGGGACCGACUGAUGUUGAUAUGACAUCUUCUUCAAUCCGUUAGCACUGCGACUCUAAGAUUUUCGUAUUGAUACUUCUGUUAUGCUUUAUGGUUUAUGUCAUUAUGUUUAAAUUACGGCUACUUUUUAGAUCAACAUAUUGAGUAGUGGUUCCAAGUUAUGCCAACAAUGUUAAUUUUUAGUCUACCUAUUCAAAACAAAACAACAAUUGUGUAUUGUGCC